UUAGUGUAUAACAUUUAUUACGGAAUUGUGGGGAAAGUGCUGGCAUUGGGGUCAAAGGAUUUGGAUUUAAAUCUCAUUUCUGCCAUCUACAAUCUGUGUGGUCUUGGUAAACUCUGAAAUGUCCUCCCCCUGUCUGCCUGGAGCCUUUUAAAGACUUGUGAGUCCACGCGAGGCGGCAAGAGGCUGUGGCUACAGAGAAAUGAACUUUCUUCCGAGAUCUGUCCUCUUAGAGAGGAAUAAGAGCCAGCUUCUGUGCACUGGGAUGGAUGGAAACUCAAGUAACUUGACUGGUGGUCAGCCGGCAGCGAGGGUGAGGACUCCAGCUGUUCCAGCUGCAACAGAUUCCUGAAGAGAAAUCAGACAGGAGAAGGAGAUAGGUGGAGAAGCACUUAUGAUAUAGGUUGGCUAUGAUAACAGGAAGAUGUUGGCCAGAAAAAGCAUCAUUCCAGAAGAAUAUGUGCUGGCCCGGAUUGCUGCGGAGAACCUACGCAAGCCACGCAUCAGAGACAGGCUUCCUAGAGCUCGCUUUAUCGCCAAGAGCGGCGCCUGCAACCUGGCCCAUAAGAAUAUCCGGGAACAGGGGCGCUUUCUCCAAGACAUCUUCACUACCUUGGUGGACCUGAAAUGGCGCCACACACUGGUGAUUUUCACCAUGUCCUUCCUCUGCAGCUGGCUGCUCUUUGCUAUCAUGUGGUGGUUGGUGGCUUUUGCACAUGGUGAUAUUCAUGCUUACAUGGAGAAAAGCAGUAUGGAGAAAAGUGGUGUGGAUUCCAGUGCUUGUGUGACCAAUGUCAGGUCUUUCACCUCUGCUUUCCUCUUCUCCAUUGAGGUUCAAGUGACAAUUGGAUUUGGUGGGAGAAUGAUGACAGAGGAGUGCCCUUUGGCUAUCACAGUUUUGAUUCUUCAGAACAUUGUGGGGUUAAUCAUUAAUGCGGUCAUGCUGGGUUGUAUCUUCAUGAAGACAGCUCAGGCUCACAGACGGGCGGAGACCUUGAUUUUCAGCCGGCAUGCAGUCAUCGCAGUACGAAAUGGCCGGCUGUGUUUCAUGUUCCGAGUAGGUGAUUUAAGGAAAAGCAUGAUCAUUAGCGCCUCUGUACGAAUCCAGGUUGUGAAGAAAACAACCACACCUGAAGGAGAGGUAGUGCCUAUUCACCAACUUGAUAUCCCUGUUGACAAUCCCAUAGAAAGUAACAACAUUUUCCUGGUGGCCCCUUUGAUCAUCUGCCAUGUCAUUGAUAAGCGCAGCCCCUUGUAUGAGAUUUCAGCCACUGACUUAGCCACCCAAGACUUAGAGGUCAUAGUUAUCUUAGAAGGAGUGGUUGAAACUACCGGCAUCACUACUCAAGCUCGAACCUCUUACAUUGCUGAGGAGAUCCAGUGGGGUCACCGUUUUGUAUCUAUCGUGACAGAAGAGGAAGGUGUAUACUCUGUGGACUACUCCAAGUUUGGCAAUACAGUCAAAGUGGCUGCUCCCAGGUGUAGUGCCAGGGAGCUAGAUGAGAAGCCCUCAAUACUUAUUCAAACACUUCAGAAGAGUGAGCUGUCCCAUCAGAACUCUCUGAGGAAGCGCAAUUCCAUGAGAAGGAAUAAUUCCAUGAGAAGGAACAAUUCCAUUAGAAGAAACAACUCUUCCUUGAUUGUGCCAAAGGUACAGUUUAUCACUCCAGAGGGAAAUCAGAAUGCAACUGAAACGUGACCGUGGGUCAGCACCAAUUUUAUCUCUUGACAAGUCAUUAAGCCCCACAUCAGGCCCUCAUUGUGGACUAUAAUCCAGGACUGAAAAGGCAAUUACUUGUUCUAUAGCUUUGUCAGUGCACUAAAUUGUACUCCUCUCAAUACGGCAACAUGAUAUAUCAAUAAACAAUAGCACCCAGAGCAAAAA